AGUAGGUCUUUCAUACCUACGAAUUUCCCAAACAUGGUUGAAACCAAGCUUUACACACUACCUCCCACGUCUUUGAUACCAAAUUCGCCGCUUCCACUAGUACACUAUCGCGGAGUAUUGAAAGAAUCGGAGAGAACUCCAGGUCACGCUUUCGAUAUGUUUUGGGACAAUGGGUGGCUAGUUCAGUGGCUUGUACGGUAUCCUCACACUCAGCGAGCCCACUAUCACGGAGCUUCUCAUGAAUGCAUGGCUGUGCUCACGGGUAAUGCUACGAUUCGGUUCGGCGUCGCUGAUACUGAUCCGGACUUGGAAAAGAACACACAUGGCUCUGCUUUCGAGAAGGGCGGGAUAGAGCUGGAGGCAAGAGCUGGAGAUGUCUUCAUCAUACCUGCCGGCGUGUCUCACAAAACAUACAACUCUCUGCCUGCGGCCGAGUUUGAGCGAUUAAGUCCUGGCGACGGGCAUACGAUUGAUAUCGAGACUGCUCGGAAAACCUAUCAUAGGAUUGAACUUUCCGGCUUCACUAUGCUAGGAGCCUAUCCCGAAGGCUGUCAGUGGGACUUUCUUGAAGGUGGAGAGCAUGAAGGGAACUUCGAAGCUGUGUGGAAGAUACCAAAGCCGAGCACGGACCCUGUGUUUGGAACGAAUGAGAGAGGGAUUUGCUCUACGUGGUGCAACACGCCACAAUCUAAGCUGUAGAGCUUGAACCCAUCCUGAUGACCAGAACCCCUUAGCGCGCUGUCUUGCACUGAUCUCUCUAACUUGUUUGUUGUCUUUGGGUUUUGUUUAGCCCCUCAGGCACAUGAUCUUGACUUCAUCAAUGGUGUGACGAUACUAAGAAGCUUUGUAAGCUACUGUGAGAACCCAGUACCGAGCCGCUCAGCCAAACAAGCCAUAAAUAAACCAG